UCUGCGUCAACACUAUGAAAGGAGGCGGGCUGCUCUGCUAACAGAAGUAGUCACACAAGUUACUGUUUGCCAGUUCUUGUUAGGUUUUUUAUUCACAUACAUCAAAAAUACUUUCAUUAGGUUUGAACAGUUUUACAACUCUCAUAAAAUAAGACGCUUAUUGUAUUGAAGUACGCAAUGUCUUUUGAUAUCACCAACCUUAAAGUGGGGUUUAUUGGGGCGGGGAAGAUGGCACAGGGCAUCGCCCGGGGUCUUCUGUCAUCGGGCAAAGUCCAGCCUAGUUCUGUGAUUGUAAGUUCACCUUCUUCUAAAAACCAUGGAUUCUUCUUGGACUUUGGAAUUGCAACAACACACUCCAAUACUACUGUUGUACAGUCUUCUCACAUUAUAUUCCUGGUAGUGAAACCACAUCUGAUCUCCACAGUUCUUAAUGAAGUCUCUUCAUUAAUCACUUCACAACAAAUCAUCAUUUCAGUAGCUGCAGGAAUCACCAUAGCUAAACUGGAAGAGUUACUUCCACCUAACUCUGCAGUGCUUCGAUUGAUGCCAAAUUUGCCAUGUGUGGUUCAGGAAGGAGCAUUAUUGUUCUCUCGUGGCACACAUGCAUCAGAGAAGGAAGCAGAUCUGCUCAGAUCCCUGCUGUCAUCUUGUGGUCUGGUGGAGGAAGGUCCUGAAUCAUUCAUUGAUAUUCACACUGGACUAAGUGGUAGCGGAAUUGCUUAUGUUUACAUGUUUGCAGAGGCUAUGGCAGAUGGGGCUAUUAAGAUGGGGAUGCCCAGUUCACUCGCCCAUAGGAUUGCUGCACAGACAAUACUGGGUGCGGGGAAGCUGCUACGGGACUCUGGCCAACACCCAGCUCAAUUACGGGCUGAUGUCUGCACACCAGGUGGUACCACCAUCUUUGGUUUACAUGCACUAGAGCGAGGAGGCUUGCGCUCCACGACCAUGGAUGCAGUUGAGGCAGCAACUGAGAGAGCUAGAGAGCUGGGAAGGAAAUAAACGAGGGCUAUGCGGAAGUCUUAGGUCCAGUGUCCUGACUGAAAUUCCAAAGAAUACUGCCAAUAACUUAUACCUAUACCACAGUCAGUAUGCACUGUGUUCCUGAAAUUUUGGUCAAAUUCCAGAUGCAGAAAUUAGCUGUUCCAAAAUUCAUGUUUAAGUCUUUGACAGUAUUUAUUUAAUUCCAAAAGAGAAAAAAAAUGUUAAUAAUUAAAAGGAAAAACAUGUUCCUGUUGACCAGGAAUGUUGCUGGGAAAAUAAAAACAAGUUACAUUGUGCUUAUUAGAGCUGAUUUUCUUACAGCAUAAAUAAAAACCCAAUUUCUGAUUAA